AAACUCCUAAAAUUAAACCCAAAGCUGUGUGACUAAACAUCUGGCGCCAAGUGUACCAGUAAAAGUAGUAGCUUUUUGUUUUUUUUUGGAAAUAACAAAAAUAGCUUCUUAAGUAAAUGCUCUCCGUCCGCCCCAUAAAGAUCAGGGUCCAAUCUUCUAGGGUUUUGCAUGCAGUUUUACUGUUCAGGCUUCUAAGGUUUUUACAGUAAUGGCUUCGGAUGAGCAUAAGCCCUGCUUCUUCAAGAUCCUUUUGGGUGACUUCACUGAGAAACUUAGGAUACCACCGGAAUUCGUGCGGCGUAAUAGAAGAGAGAUAUCAGCAGAAAAUGCCGUCCUAAAAGGUCCUAUUGGCAAGUUGUGUUAUGUUAAAAUGAAAAGUACUUCUAAGGGCCUGUUUUUUCAAGAUGGUUGGAAUGAAUUUGUCAGCGAUAACUCUUUACAAACAGGAGAAUUCUUAGUUUUCAGAUACGAUGGUGAUUUGCAUUUUAGUGUUCAAGUAUUUGGUAUAAGUGGAUGUGAAAGAAUAUAUGCAUCUGUGAUUAAAACCGAUGAAGAGAAAGAAACUCUUGAUGAAGAAAAAGAAACUAAAGAAACUCUUGAUGGAGAAAAAGAAACUUCCAAUAAUGCAAAGGAGAAUCUCUUGGAUGACAAAGACAGGGGGGAUGACAUGCAAGCAAAAGUAGAACCUCCUUACGGUGACUCCAGUGGUGAUGGUGGAAAGUGUUUUGGUGGAUCAUCUGCCCUUAAUCAUGUUGAUGGAUUUACUGAUAACUCAGUCCAGCCUAAUGCCAAUCCGACUAGUUUACCCAACAUUCUUGCUAAAGACGAUGAAGAAUCUGAUGAUUGUAUUAUUAUCUCAGAUGUCGAAAUUAUGUGUCCUGAUGUAAAAUGGAGUGGCAAACGAAAUAUCAGAAAUUCAUUGCGUUCGGGAUCAGCGAAACCAAAGAGACAAUCAUUGAGUAAUCAAAAUACUUCAAUGGCUUCUGAUGCAGCCAGAUCUUUUUCCUCGAGCAAUCCCUUUUUCAAAGUACAAAUGAAACCUUCUAGCUCCAGAUUUGCGUAUAUUCCGGCUAAUUUUGCUAGACUCCAUAUCUGUGCAAGUAGAAAAAUGAAACUCCGAGUAAAGGGUGGGAAGUCGUGGAAAGUCUUUGUCAAUUUGAGAAAAGUAGGAUCUUGUGCUAUACAAACUGGGUGGAAAGACUUCUAUUUGGGGAAUAAUCUCAAGCUAGGUGACAUUUGUAUCUUUGAGCUGCUGCCGGAGAAGGAUGAAAUGAUUGUUCAUUUUUUCAGGGAUGAUUCUCUCUUGUACGCAUAUACCACUCUCUCUCUGCAACAUGUCGAGCAACGAAUGGGCAGCAAUUUAUUGGCAGCCUCUACUAUUUCAGUGCGUCAGGUGGAUACUGUAAGACUCGAAUAUUUGUAUGUCGGAGUAACGUUGUUUCUUUUGAAGAAAAUGGCGCGAUGUGGUGCGUGGUGUCGGAGGAGAAAAUACUGGUUCUUCAAAGUGCUCCUUCGGGACUUCAACAAAAACCUCCAGAUCCCUCAUGCGUUCCUCAAGCAUAUUAAGAAAGCAGCAGCUGGACUUGCCAUAUUGAGAGGACCAAGCGGAAACUUAUGGCAUGUUGAAGUAAAUAUAACUAAUGAUUCAGUGGCUUUCCAAGAAGGUUGGCCACAGUUUGUAACAGAUCACUCUUUACAACUGGGUGAAUUCCUAGUAUUCAAACAUGAUGGUGAUUUGCAAUUUUCUGUUUCAAUUUACGAUAGAUAUGCAUGUCAAAAGGAAAAUGCCUAUUUUGCCAAACCCUCUGAAGGAGUCAACUCUUCGAUUAAAAAAUGGAAGAUGGCAAUGGAGAAUGAGCACACUUUGUGCUUAGAAUAUCCAAAGAUAGGCAAUCAUAAAAGUAUUGUCAAAGAUAAGCAUGAGAUGCAAAUUGUAUUUGCACAGAAAAAAUACCUUAAAAAUGACAGGGCCUCUGUUGAUCAAAGGUUUUCUGAGCAACAGUCAUUUAGAAAUGACAGGUUAUGUGUUGAUCAGAGUUUCGCAAAGGAAAAAUCCCUUAAAAAUGACAGGGUUGCUGUUGAUCAAAGGGUUGCAAGGCCAUCUCUUGAUAUUUGUUCAGAUUUCAUGACGAGGAAUGGAUCUAAACAGAUCAUUGCAAAAGAAGAUCAUAUUGUAAUUUCAAUCAAAGAAGAAGAUAAUGCUUAUUCUCCAAAAUCAACUGCUGGUCCAAGCGCUUCUGCUACUCUUAAGCUUUCUGUCAGUGAUAAGAAUGAGAAGCCAAGGAGACAUCGUAGAAAACCAUCUCUUCAAUCUGGUUCAGAUUUAAGAGCUGGGAUUGAGGGGCAGAAAAGCAUUAGAGAACAACCUUAUAUCUUGCAUGCAUUUAAAGAAGAGAAAAACUUUAAUUUUCCAAGAUCAACCCCUGCUCCUCUAGCUAUUGCCUACGAUGAUCAGUAUUCGAAAACUAGGAUUGAGGAUAUGCAACUUAGAGAAGUGCCUUUUAGUGUGGAUUUGACAGAAAAAGAAAAAGAGUUUUCUCAUCCAAGAUCAACUGUUCUACCAAUUACUCCUGCUGCUCUAUAUAUUGCCUACCAUGAUCAGCGUCAACAUUUCAUGCCCAAUCAGAUUGUGACUGAUGGACGGGAAUCAGUUUUUUUGGUAAAAAGGCGACACAUACAUGAAGAAGAAAAGAGAUUUGCUAUUGAAGCAGCCAAGUCCUUCAAGUCAGAUAAUCCUUUUUUCACAGUAGUUGAACCAUUUUACACAUAUCCAUCAAAAGUUGAACUGGAUAUACCAAAGGAGUUCAGGGUUAAACAUCUUUCUACGUCAAGGAAUAUGACUCUAUGGGAUCCAAAACAAAAAGAUUGGCCUGUUUUUUAUGAAAAUUGGGAUACCUUGGGUGGACUCACAUCAGGAUGGUCCGAGUUUGCAUUAGGUAAUACCCUGAAAGGAGGAGAUGUCUGUGUUUUUGAGCUUGUAAAUGAUCGUGAGUUCUCUAUACACAUUUACCCUGUGGUCAAAGAUUUAAUUUUUGUCGGUAAGUAGAAAGCCAAAAGACUUAACCAGAGAAAGUUAAACUGAUGGAUUUGAAUUUUGUCGGUUGGAGGCAUUUUGUCAAGAUUGGUUGGGAUGAACUUCAUUAUGUGAAAUUUUUACAAGGUUCCAUAGAUUUGGAUCCAAUGAUCUUUGCUUGCUCAUCUGAGAGGUUGGAAGAAUUGAAGAGUGAAAAUGACUGAUGUAUCUACUACAAUAUGUUACGAAGAAAAAACCAUUUUUGUGA